CAUCCCACGGGUGCCACGACAGUGUUGGGCUGGGACAUGCGGUGGGAGAGGAGGAGGAGGAGGACUGGGCUCCGGGUACCAGGGCGUCCGGGGCGGGGAUGGUAUGCCACCACGCGGAAUGCCGGCGGCUGAACUGCAGCAGCCCCCUCAGCCUGUGUGAGCUCUGCGACGGCCACCUCCAUGGCGCCAUGCACUUCGACGGCCACAUCCGCUUUGACCUGCCCCCACAAGGCUCCAUCCUGGCCCGCAACAUGUCGACGCGCUCAUGCCCCCCACGCACCAGCCCUGCCUCCGAUGUGGAGGAGGAGGAAGAGGGACCGGUGGACAGCAGAGGGGAGCGGAGGAGCUCAGCGCUGAAGCUUCCCAAGAAGAAGGCUUGGCGCAGGCACACGGACGACCCCAGCAAGGAGUGUUUCACCCUGAAGUUCGACCUCAACGUCGACAUUGAGGCAGAGAUCGUGCCAGCCACGAAAAAGAAGUCCCUGGGGGAGGUGCUGCUGCCGGUCUUUGAGAGGAAGGCAAUUGAGCCGGGCAAGGUGGACAUCUACCUGGACCAGUCCCACACGCCGCUCUCACUCCAGUUCGAGGCGUACCGCUUCGGGGGGCACUACCUGCGAGUGAAAGCCAAGCCUGGGGAUGAGCUCAAGGUGGAGCAGGCAGCACGGGAUGCCAGGUCAGCCAGCCUGCCCAUCCUGCACGCUACUGGCACUGCUGCGCUCCUCAGACCAGCACCGGAGCCGGUGCCAGGAUGCCGGGAGGGUGCUGACAGCCUGGCUCCAGGCCGGCGGAGGAAGAACAUGACGGAGUUUCUGGGGGACGCCAGCAUCCCCGGCCCUGAGCCAGCCCUCCACGGUGGUGGCUCCCUGCCUGCCAAUGGCACUGACACCUGGAAGAACCGCGCUGCUAGCCGCUUCAGUGGCUUCUUCGGCUCCGGCACCGGUGCUGCCUCCUUCGGGCGGGAGACUGAGAAGCUGGAGCAGCUGGCGAGCAGGCUGCACGCCUACGGCAACUUUGGGCUACCCAAGCUGCCGCCCCAGCUCCGCUUUGACCGUGACUCCUGGGAGGAGGACGGGGAUGAGGCCGGGCUGGUGCUGGAGGACAGCUGGCAGCAGAUCAUCCGGGGUGCGGAGGCCCUGUCGCGCCGGCAGUGCCACCAGCAGGAAGCCAUCUGGGAGCUGCUGCAUACUGAGGCCACCUACAUCCGCAAGCUCAAAGUCAUCACUGACCUCUUCCUCUGCUGCCUGCUGAACCUGCAGGAGUCGGGGCUGCUCUGCGAGGUGGAUGCCGAGCGGCUCUUUGGCAACAUUGGGGAGAUUAUCCGGCUGCACCGCGAGCUGUGGCGCGGUGUCAUGGCCCCAGUGCUGGCCAAGGCGCGUCGGACUGGGGCGCUGCUCGACCCCAUCGACUUCCUCAACGGCUUCAAGAUGUUUGGCUCCCUCUUCAAGCCCUAUGUGCGGUACUGCAUGGAGGAGGAGGGCUGCAUGGAGUACAUGCGGGCGCUGCUGCGGGACAGCGAGCUCUUCCGCGCCUAUGUGACGUGGGCCGAGAAGCAUGAGCAGUGCAGCCGCCUGAAGCUGAGCGACAUGCUGGUGAAGCCCCACCAGCGCCUCACCAAGUACCCGCUGCUCCUCAAGUCUGUGCUGAAGAAGACAGACGAUCCAUGUGCCCGCGAUGCCAUCACUGCCAUGAUUGGCUCUGUGGAGCACUUCAUCAACCACGUCAACUCGCGGAUGCGCCAGCGGCAGGAACGCCAGCGCCUGGCCGCCAUCCUCGACCGCAUCGACUCCUACGAGGUGGUGGAGGGCAGCACCGACGAGGUGGACAAGCUGCUGAAGGAGUUCCUGCGGCUGGACCUGACGGCCCCAAUCCCCGGCACCUCCCCAGAGGACACCCGGCAGCUCCUCCUCGAGGGCAGCCUGCGGAUGCGGGAAGGUAAAGACAGCAAGAUGGAUGUCUACUGCUUCCUCUUCACUGACCUCUUCCUCAUCACCAAGCCCCUCAAGAAGGCUGAGCGCACCAAGGUGGUCCGGCAGCCUUUGCUGGUGGACAAGGUCGUCUGUCGGGAGCUCAGGGACCCAGGUUCCUUCCUCCUCAUCUACCUGAACGAGCUGGGGAGCGCCGUGGCCGCCUACACCUUCCAGGCCAGCGGGCAGUCGCUGUGCCGCAGCUGGGUCGAGGCGGUGCGCAACGCCCAGAACCUGCUGCAGCGGCUGAGGCAGCGCCGGCGCCUGGAGCAGGAGGAGGAUGAGGAGGAGGACGGCGAGAGCGGCGCCUCGGCCGCCAGCUCACCCACUGUCCUGCGCCGCGGCAGCGCCAGCCCGGACUCGCAGCGGUGCCCCUCCGACGGCUCUACCGAGACCCUGGCCGUGGUGGCGGCGGACGGCGGCGAUGAGCUCUCCUCCCCGGACUGGGACGCGGGGCCCUUCGGCUCGACCUCGGACAGCUCCUCCGUCGGCACCGGCACCUCCGUCGGCACCGGCACCUCCGCCGGUACCCCCACCUCGGCCGAGGGCCCCAGCCGGCAGCUGCCCGCGGGGUCCCUGCCCGUGCCCCUGCCCCGCGGCGCGGCCCCCCCGGCCAGCGGCUGCCGCUCGUCCUCCAUCGACAGCGCGUACGGCACGCUCUCGCCCGCCUCCCUGCGGGACUUCGGCCAGCAGCCCGAGGGGGCGGCCGAGGAGGGGCGGGAGCCCCCCCCGGCCCCGCGGCCCCCCUCGCCCCGGCUGCGCCGCCGGACGCCCGUGCAGCUCCUGCCCUGCCCGGCCAGGGUGCUCAAGUCCAAGUCGGAGGCCAGCCUGCCCCAGCUCCUGCCCCCCGGCCCCCCGGCCUCCCUCAGCCAGAGCCGCAGCCUCUCCGACCUCUGCGCCGGCCCCCCCCGGACUAGCCAAACCCCCGGCCCCCCGGCCGCCCCCGGCAGCAGCGGCAGCUCCACCUCCGAGCUCUCGGAGCCGGAGGAGCCGGUGCAGAGCCCGGCGUCCCUCCCAGGGGGGCUCGGUCGCGACCCCCCGGCCGCUGCCCGCCGGACCCUCUCGGACCCGCAGGCGGCACAGCACCGCAAGCUGACCCUGGCGCAGCUCUACCGGAUCCGGACCGCGCUGCUGCUCAACUCCACGCUGACUGCCUCGGAGGUCUGAGAGCCGCCGGGGCGGCGAGGACGGACGCGCGGCCGCGCCGAGGAGCCGCUCCCGCUUCUAACCGUAGCGUAACGCUGGGGCCGGGCAGAGCGGGCGCUGGGAUGCCGUGCCGGUGGGGACACGGACGGGGGUGCAGACCGGUCCCCUCGGCGAGGACGUGCCCCGGGCAGGGGCUGCCCGCUUCUCCCCGGCGCGGGGACGGAGGCGGCGCAUGGCUCCUGCCGACCCCUUGUCCGCGGAGAUGAGGGUUGCCGGGCGGGGCCCAGUCGGCCCUGGGUCGCGGGGGGCUGCGGCGGGCCGGGGGGCGGCUCCGGGGGGCGAGGAAGGGAUGACGACGUUGGCGGUGGUGAGUGGGGAAGGUGCCGAGAGGGACGCGGCGCCGGUGGCGCGGUGCUGCGGGCGGCGCGGGGAGGAGGCUGGGGCCGGUGGCAGGAGAGGACGGUGCUGGGCUGGGGCGGGCGGUGGCCCCGGGGUCUGGCCGGGGCAGGGUUUUCCCCCAGUGGGGUGGGAUGGGCGGCAGCGGACGGCAGCGCCCGGGGCCGGAGCCGCGGGGGGGACGUGGCGGCGGCCGGAGUUCCGGCUGCCGCCCCGUGCCGGGCGGUGCUCCGCGUCCCGGCCGAGCAAUAAACGCAGCCGGUGCACGCUCGCUCCCGCCUCGCCUCGCC